AUGAAUGCCUCUGGAUUCAGAGUCUGCGUCAAAGAGUUGUUUGGAACCAGAUAUGAUCCCUUGUCAGUGAGUUAUGCAGUGCUUACAGGUAAGCAAAUACUGAAAAUUUGUUCUAAACUGAUAGUUAUUUCGAUUAAACAUAUAAAAAGUCGUAUUUUCGUAGGCUCUGUGCACAUGUGCACGUUUCUCCCGUUUUCGCGUUAACAAAUACAUUGAAAGCGGAUUUUAUACCAGCUGACGUAAAAUUCCGAACAUAAAAAGGCCCCGUCACUUAUAAGCCCUUCGAAUAAGCCCGCAAAUUUGUGUCCCAAAGAGGCCUUUUGUAAGACCCCACCCCGUAUAUGAGCCCCCUGGAGACUGGGGGAGGGUUUUUAUUUGGGAACCACUCUCACAAAGGGCAAAUCGUUCCAUAUCGGAACCCCAAAAGACAAACUCGGACAUGAAUCUUCGGAUUUCUAUGAAUAAAUUUUGAACUUCCGUAUUUUUUAAGGGUGAUCAAGAGCCAUUAUUGCUUUCGGGGUGAUACAUAGGAUCGGAAUGAAGGUGUUCACAAACAAUCACCCAGACGUAGUUAAUCGAUAGUAAUAUUAUUGAUAUCAAUCAAAGAUAAAUAUCGAUUUCCGAUAUCGAUUGAUAGAAAUCGAUAAAGAAAAACAGUUUUGUCUUCGAUUAAUAUCGAAGAUUAUCCGAUAGAAAUCGAUGAUUAUAUUUUAAUCGAUUGUUAUCGAUUACUAUCGAUUUCUAUCGAUUGUUAUCAAUUAUGUUAAUCGAUAAUAGAAGAUAAAUUAUUUUUUCGGUGACUUCGAUUUCUAUCGAUUUCCGAUAUCAAGCGAUAUUCAUAGGCGGGUUAAAUCGAUUAACAUCGAAGAUAUCGAUUGAUUUUCGAUAUCGAUUUUUAUCGAUUAACUACGUCUGGAAUUACGUAUGCAAUGUGUACGGGGUCUAACAAAAUGCUCGUUUGUACCUGACGAAGCCCAGGACAUAAGGAUCCACGAACGCGAAAGUGAUUUUAGGGUUUUUGAUAUUUUUAUCACAUAUAGAUAUCUGUGAUCCUGGCUGGAGCUACUUUAAUAGCUUUUGCUAUGCAGUCAGCAAGAAGUGCUCAAAUUGGACCGAAGCUCUGGCUAAUUGCCGGCAGGAAAACGCAAGUCUCGUCAGCGUCAAUAGUAAUGAGGAAAACGUAUUUAUACAACGUCUUUACAAUGGAGCAAAGUCCUGGCUGGGAUUAAAUGAUAUUUCCAGGGAAGGAACGUUCACCUGGGCAGGAGGCCGGCCAGGAAACUUUACAGUUUGGGCCAAAAACCAACCAAAUAAUGUUGGAGAUGAAGACUGUGCGCAUACACUUGGCAUUGGACACAACUACAAGUGGAAUGACGUGAAGUGCAGUGACUGUCAUCAGUAUACUUGCAAAAAAGGUCAAUGAAAAUUAUAUAAACAACCAAGAAGUCUUUCUAUAAGUAGGUUAUAUAAUCCGGGUGAGUUGAGUCCCGUUUAAGACUGUUGGCGGUGAGAGUGAUUGCUGUUUCAACGACCUCGUGCAUGCUGAAGAACUUAACCAUCACCCGCCAACAAGUCGGUCGUUUGCCUGUUUGUAACCUGUAAGUCGUUUUUCGUCGAUUUUUUCACUUCGCUCUGCUCUCCACUAACUAAACGCCUGGAGUAGGCUAGCCUGUUCCGCGCUUUACGCUCGCUCUCGCUUUCACCAAAUCAGAGUAGAAAAACAUCUGCGAACAGGCUAGGAACAGGUACCAAUUCUGUAUCUUUGACUCGGUUGUAGACCCUAGAAACAUAAAAGUCCGUCUAUUAAGAACUAGGCUGUGCUGUUUUUUUGAACUUCGUCUUCCUGUCUCGAAAUCAGAUAACACACCCACCGCUACCAUUCUUUCCCUGUUUUCCUGCAUGAUUUUAGCUCCCUUGAAGCGUUUGCCAUGGUUACCCUGGUAAUAAGAAUAGCUUUACACCUUAUUUUUUCUUGUUUAUAUUUUUUGUUUUCUUGUUUGUGUUUUAACAGACCAGAAUGAGUGCAGUGGCAACACGUUCUGUCAUCCAAAGGCUAGUAAUUGUACAAAUCUCUGGGGUUCGUUUAAGUGCACCUGUAACCUUGGCUACAUAGGAAAUGGAUUAAACUGUAUAUUAGGCGGACGAGGUACAUGAGAGACAUUUUAAUAACAUAAGAGACUAAUUACAUUUUGACAUGAAAACUAAUAGGAAUGAAACGUUUCUGAAAAAUGUUUCUAACCUGUCCAAAUUAUAUGUCUUCGAUAAGGCAGGGUUUUCAGGCACGUAUUCUUCUGUUUUCAAGUCUUGCUAGAUCGCUUAGGUACAUCAAUUUGACAGAUUUUGAGUUGUUGCCGAUCUGUUAUAAAUCUGUGUUUGUCGUUAACAUAUACAAAUUUUUAUAUACAAAUAUUUUAUUUUUGUGUAUUUUUUAUAUAAAAAUAUUUGUAUAUAAUAUGUUAUAUACAAAUCAAGGGAUUGCGUCUAAAGAGGUGUGCGUCUCGAGGGGAUUCAUGGUAUCAAGGCUAUCCGCGUUGCACCAACCGGCUGUAACUGGGAUACACAAUUAUUUUGACUCAAUAAAUUUCUUACUGUGAACUAUUUUUAAACUAACGGCUAAAAUUUCCUCUUUUACAUCAGAAGACCAAAAGUUUGGGCUGUUUUAAGGCUAGUCGUUAACCCCAUAGAAACUCUCUUUGAAGUCACUACCGGGAGUCCGAGGAUGGGCGAAGCGUUAUUACGCUCUUUUACGCCCCUUUAAAGGAGCUGUGUCACAAAAUUCAGCCAAAUAAGAAAUUACAAAAUGCCCGUUAAAUUAAGAGAAACAUGAAAAUAACCGCUUAAAACUUUAAAGGAAGGUUAAAAUAACAUAACAGAAACAACAGAUGCCACGGAUGGGCAAAACUGAAGCAAGAUUGAAACGGAUUGAAAUUAGGGUUUUUGAAAACUGUGCAGCCUAACAGUUUUUCAAAGUUGAUCCCUGCUGCUUGCAACUUCAAAAAUAAUCCUCAGGAGACAUAUUUGUUUGUCACGGAUCUCUGAUUUUGUCAUUUACAUGUAAUUUCUUUGUUUACUUUUAAGUUCCAUAGCGAUUGAGGGCGAGUAACUGGCAAAAUUAAACAAAAUGAACUGGACCGCCGUGACACAGCCCCUUUAAACAAUCAAAGUUUUCGUGCAGCACCGUAUUUGUCUUGCACAAAAUGUGUUGGGUUAUUCUGACACCAUAGUUAUUGCUGCAAUCGACCUUCCUCUCAGGUUUACAAGACUCUGCUAUUGUGGUAAGCAACAUAAACCACUUGAUCUUGUUAAAAAAAAUGGCUUAAACCUGUGGCAAAAGCAUCAAUCGCGUGGUUCUGUCAGGCGAAACUUAAAAUGUCAACUACCCAAUUUUAAAGCCAAAUGAAAGCUAUUGUCAUUGUGUAUGUUGAGCUACCGAAAUUUUCAACUUAAGACAUGCGUCAGUAUACUGGAGUUUUGAUCAGUCUAAAACGUAACGUUUUAUAUUCCUUUUUAGAAAAUCUAAUAAACAUGCAAGUUAACGUUUUACAUUUUGCAAUAUGGUUAUCUCUUUGCAAAUAGCUCAUUGAACUGGAAAUAAAUUCAGUUUCUGUGAAAUUACAAAUACUCUGUACCUCAUAUAAUGAAAAAUGGUCUUAUUUUUUUCCUUAGGUUUGGAAAAGUCCGUCAUUUUGAGAUACGACAAAACUGAUCACUUGACCUCGUUGAGGAACUGGCUUGCACCUGUCACAAAAAGCGUCAAAUCUCUCUGGAAGCGCUGUUGGCGUGCAACCAGCAACGGCUUUGAUUCAUAUACAUUUCACUCCCGAUGUGACGGCAAGGGCCCGACAGUGACAAUAAUAAGGGUUGGGAGAUAUAUUUUUGGAGGAUACACCAGUCUAUCAUGGGGUAAGUGAGCAUUAUAAAUAGAGAUAUUACGAUAACACUUUUUCCGUUACCAGCUCAAGGGCAGUUACAUGUAAAUGUACUGGUGAGCAAUAUGGUGGACCAUAUGGAGUGACUGAGUCUGUUGAUCCUGCAAAGAAGGCGUGCUUUUAGCCAGCAAAACAGGUUUAAAUUUCAUGUUGUCAUCGACUAUUGAAUCUUUGGAAAAUGAGGUAACAUGGAACUUGUUGUAGCCUCCAGGCACGCUGCAUCUGCUACCUUACAAAACAUCGUUAUAAAAAUUGUGUUGAAAAACUUUUAAAAAAUAUGUAUUAUUUUCGUGCACUGUACUUACUAUAUGUCUUUUCAUCGGCUAAGAGCCUACAGUUCAUUUUGGAAAUCAGCUUAAAAUACAGACAAGACCCCCAUAGUAGGGAUUCAUUGGGCUGCCGACUGCGCGGUCUACAGUCUACGUGAAAACGCAUUAUAUUUUUCCACACGAUAAAAAUAUUCAGUUUUAAGAUUUUUGUUUUGGUAUUUUUCUUCAACUUAAAGGAAUAAAAUGUUUUGCAUUUUGACCCAAAAAAGUUUGAUUUCAUCGGCACGCACUUUAAACAAUGUGAAAAGAUGAAACGAUCGAUAUCACGUAUUUUACCGUGAUACUAAUAUGAGUUGAAAAUUCGCCCGAGUUCGCCGUUUGUCUCACCCGUGACUAACUUUUCUUCAUGGCAGAAAAUUAUGCCGCUUUAUAAUUCCUCCGAAUCUUUGUGCCAGCCAAACAAUAUCGAAACAUUAUUCACAGUCCCUGGAUAUUAAAAAGACUGAACGAAACGCAGUGUAAACGCACUAUGUGCCCUUCUGAUCACAUGUGCACGAACUCUCUUUUCAAGCGAUUCAUCUCAAUGCACGAUAUUAUAUAUUAUACUGUAAUAUACCAUAUAUUAUACCACAUGUUAUAUACUGUACGACAGAGCUGAACAACGUCUGCGCAUGUGCAGAGACGUGAGAGGUCUGGGAUCGAAACUAGUAUCGUUUGCAAAAGGAUUUUCAAAACAUCCCUACAUUUUGGCGAUUUUUAAGGUGGAUUCUAAAUAUUUAAGGUUCCCAUUUAAAGUAAAGGUAGGUUAUUUCAUACUUUAUUCAAUUCUCGUUUCUACCUUUGUUCUACUUUUUUCUAUGAACAAAAGAAGACGCACGAACGAAGCGUCCCUGCAACAAUAGUAUCGUUUACAAAAGGAUUUUCAAAACAUCCUCACACUUUCCCGAUUUUUAAGGUGGUUUCCGAAUAUUCAGAGCUCCUAUUUAAACUUAAGGUGGAUUAUUUUAUACUUUCUUUAAUUCUCGUUUCUCCCGUUGUAAUUUUUCUUCUACUUUUUUCUAUGAACAAAUGAAGACGCACGAAUGAAGCGUCCCUGCCAUAAAUAGUAUCGUUUGCAAAAGGAUUUUCAAAACAUCUUAACAUUUUGCCGAUUUUUAAGGUGGUUUCCUAAUAUUCAGGGCUCCCAUUUAAACUUAAGGUAGAUUAUUUCAUACUUUGUUUACUUCUCGUUUCUACCUUUAUAAUUCUUCUUCUAUUUUUUUCUAUGAACAAAAGAAGACGCACGAACGAAGCGUCCCUGCUAUAAAUAGUAUCGUUUGCAAAAGGAUUUCAAAACAUCUUAACAUUUUGCCGAUUUUUAAGGUGGUUUCCGAAUAAUUAAGGUUCCCAUCUAAACCAAUGCUAGAUUAUUUCAUAUUUUAUUCAAUUCUCGUUUCCUUCUCCGUAAUUUUUCGUCCGUUUUUUGCUAUGAACAAAAGAAGAUGCACGGACGAAGCCGAGAACAGUUCUUUCAUUCGAAUGUGUACAUGUUCACUGUUCAAGCGUAAACAGAAAUGAAAGACAGACUAUCAACAUGUUAUCAGUUCUAAGAAAUCGUCCGAAAAUCUCAUAUCAGUGUCAGCAUUAACGGUACAUUUUUAUAUUUAUCUUUAUUUUUCCUUGAAUGGUAGUCUUUUAGUUUUUUUCUCGUUACGUCUCGCUAGGUUUCACUAUAAGAACUGUAAGAACACAAAACAAUCACUUAGGUUUCGAAAUCUCUUCUUUCUUCCAAACUUGUUUUCCUUUAUUACUCAUCCUUAGCUCAGCUCGCAAGAGCUAUUAUAAAUUUUUGUAUAUGUCAACAGGCGAAAUUAAUGUUGAAAAGAGUAAAUGGGUAAGUAAUACAGUCGAUGCCUGCUGGUAAAAAAUAUCAGUGACUUGAAAUUCUCUAAAAAGCUUCAUUACACGGAGAAGCACAAUCUCACUCUUUAUAAACUUUCGUUUAUUUUUCUCUUUGAAGUCUACAUCUUCAUUCCUUGAUCUCGGCUUCUGCUUCAUUCAAACCUGUCAUAAAUUGAAAACUUAUAGUUAAUACGAAAACUCACAUAGAGCCGAGCCAACUUGUGAUUGUUUCUCAAAACUUCAGCAGCUUUAAGCUUUAAAAGUUUAUUCAUAUAAGCUUAUAGGUGCAAAUCAAAUUUUUAACAAGCUUAACCGAAUAAAUACUGAUUCUACAGCUCGACCAGCACCUCUAAGCCGGAUAAAGCUUUAUGUAAGAAAAAGCUUCUUUGAUCGCACUAAGAUUUGUAACUAAGUUUAUGACUUUCAUGACUUCUUCUGUCUGAUGGUAUCAUCGCGCUCAAAGCCGGCUUCGAUUUUCUUGCCACCAAGAAACGGUCAACAACUGUUAUCGCUUAGUCUGAUCGCUCGGCUAUACAUUACAAAGAUUUGCUCCUCCUUAACCACAAUAAAGAGGUUGUUUAAGUAAAUCGCUUACUUACCAUCGAAGAAAAGUCGCCCAAACUCCAGCAAAUUGCUCUUUCUACAAACUUACUGACGAUCAAAAGAGUGAAAAACCUCGCCGGCACGGUCAAAAACAUUUUUCUUGAUCCCUGGUUUACGUAACAUUUCUUUCCACGAGUUGUAUUUCUAACGUAUUUGUAGAAUUUCUCCUUCGUUGGCAUUCACAAAUAUGAGUUUAACAGAUGAUCGAAGAUGGUCUCAGAUGCAUGAAUCUCACUUCACACGAGUGUUUUGCGCACGGGAUAUUCUUGGUAAACAAGUGAUGUCACGGACAUGCGUUGUACGUUAUUCAGCUCUGUCAUACUGUACAAUAUUAUACUGUUUUUGCCCCUCACAUUUACAGUGUUCGUUCGUCGUGUUCAAAACACUUUUAGGAAAAUACGGGUCAUGUAAGUCAUGUGUAUCAUUCGAAAUAAAUCGAUUAUAGGCUUUUUUAAGUUCCCAUUUGGCGGUAACGCGAGCUGUGAACAUUCAAAGGUUUAUUGAACCUCGCUAAUGCUGACAUCAAUAUAACGUGCUUGCUGAAUCCUGAAUGGGCGAGCACACUGAAUUGAGGAGAAGCAUAACAAAUGAUAACAAGAUCAUGCACAUGUUUAAUGAUGAAAGCUUAGCAAGAUACAGAUACAAACAAAAGCAAAACCUCUCGGCUACAUUGAAAACAAUUGUAAGCUCUACUUAGUCACCAAAGAGGGUCGUGAAGGGGUAAAAUGAGAACUGGGAUUAGCCUUAUUGUGGACUGGGAAAAUGGGAUUUACUCACUGGGACUGGGAUUUAGCCACUGGGAAUGGUAUGAACAAUAAUAAAAUGGGAAUGGGAUUUCUUUUCUUCAGCGGUCUUUGCUCCAAUAUUUUGAAAUAGAAAAAUAAAAUUUCGUAGCAAUAGACCUUGCACUCCUUAGUAGAGACCGUGAAAUCAGUAUUUUUCGCCUUCGCCCCCGCGGUCUAGCUACCAGGCUUACACGGUUGCAUAGUUACGUGUAUCCAAAUAGCGUCAAUCAGUUCUUUUAAUUUAUCAUGCGCAUGAUUUUGCAAAUAAUCAUUAGUAAUUGGAUUUUAGAUUUGGUAACUGGGAUUUUGGCAAAAAUUAGCCUGGGAACUGGGAUUUGGUACCCCCCUUCACGACCCUCACCAAACCUUGUCGGUAAUAGCUGCUAUGUUCCUCAAGUUGGUCUUUGUGAAGCUCCCGGCUGUCCCGCUGAAGCUUUGAACUUGUGUGCGAAAUUCUCAAAGUUUCUUGUUUUGUCCGCGUCUUCUUUAUCCUUAUCCGAAAUUUAGACCUCCAAAGUGGCGUGUGUUGCAUUAAAUAGAAGGAAAUAUUAAAAUGAAAAACCAGUGUUCUUACAUGGCGAAGUUGUCACUUUCCUCGCUCAUGGACGUCCAUUUCUUAACAUGACGAUUUAUCUUACAUUCAUCAGCAACUGAGUUGUUCGCUUCAGUACAACAGCUUACAAACAAGUCUUUAGCCAUAGUGUCAUCAACAACAGCAACACACUUUAUUAAGAAACAGAUAGUUAAAAUUUGAACAGUACCUACCCACAAAUAGUUAAAAAAAAAAAAAAUAGUCGAGGCGGGUAGGUAUGAUUAAGUUCCCGUACAAAAUUUUCACGAGAUUCUCGGCAGGAUUUUGGCCGCCGAGAUUUUUGGAUCUCGGCGAGAUCUCGCCGAGAUCCGUAAAUCUCGGCGGCCAAAAUCCUGCCGAGAUCUCUAGGAAUCUCGGCGGCCAAAAUCCUGCCUAGAUCUCUAGGAAUCUCGGCGGCCAAAAUCCUGCCGAGAUUUAGAAAUCUCGGCGGCCAAAAUCCUGCCGAGAUCUCGAAUCUCGGCGGCUAAAAUCCUGCCGAGAUCUCUAGAAAUCUCGGCGGCCAAAAUCCUGACGAGAUCUCGCCGAGAUUCCUAAAUCUCGGCGGCCAAUUUCGCUAAUCCAAUUAAGAAAGCAAACUGCACGAAAAAAUGCCUCAAAAUCAUCAGAAAAUUCUCAAAAGUGGCGCCUAAACUAGACCUGAAAACAUGUUUUAGUUAAAGAUUAAUAGCUAUUUUGUCAAGUUAUGCAAUAAAACUUGUGGCACAACGCGAUUCAGAACUGAAGGUUUCAACUCAAAUUUAGGCAAAUGUUCAAUUUGCGUUGCGUGACGAUACCGGCUGCUGUCACAACAAAAUCCUCAGUUAUAAUAGGCUUAUUACAACUAAGUUUUUUUAGCGCUAUACAUAUUUGUACUUACAAGGAUUUAUAAUUAGCAGCAGUAAAAGAUUACAAUAAAUAGUAAAUUAAAAGAAUUAUAGCUGCAGCAAUGAAGAAUUGCAAAUAAAAGAAGCAGAACAAAAUUACUACACAGAGGAAAGAGAGAAAGAAAGAAAUUUCACCAUACUGGUCGAAGUUACGUGAUUGCUACAGUCACAAGUUUUAUUUUUUAUCAUGUCGUCAAUUGGUAUCAUACUUUGCUCAUAAAUUGUGCUCUGGCUAAAAGCGAAGCUUUCGAUAUUAUUUACAGUUUAUUCAACAAAAUAUAAAAUCGUUUAAUGCUAAGCGACGAAGGCAACGUCGGAGAAUGGUGAAAAAACAAAAAUUGGUCGAAUUAGCAAAAAAGCAACUUUGCAAGUGCAGCACACCAUAUUCAGUUUGUCAUUUCUAAUUCCGUUAGUUUGCACAACUACAACGGGAAACUUCCAGAAACUUUCUAGUUACACGUUUUUGAGCGCGUUAUAGCUCAUAUGUCAGCGAUUUGAGCGUAUGUAUUCCGUGGCUUUGUGGCUUUGUGUUUUCGGAUUUCUGUUGUCAGGAGCUAAUAAGGUUGAAAUUACUAUGAGUUGAUGCGGAGGAACCAAUGAGAUUUUUCCCUCUAACAUGACAUUCACUCGGCUUAAGGUCAAACAAGGGCACUUUGAGACCGCCAUCUUGAUUCUUUUCGUCUUUUAUUACGGCUAAAGGUGUUUGGAAGCAUGACACUGAGAUAUCUUUAUGAAUCAAACGCUGAGUGCUGCGAUGGAGCUGUUUAAGGGUCCAUAUUUUAGUGUGGGUUCUGCUUCAAGACAUUUCUGACCUAAUUCGGCUAUCGCGAACGGUACAACGCACGUAUUUCAUAAUUUAUGAGUUCUGUUUCACCUUCUUCAAGGCAGAGUGUAAAAGAUCAUUGAACUACUGAUCAUCUACUGAAACAAUAAUUGAAAUUUAGAUACGGAAUUUAAUGCUGGAGUAUGCGGCCUAUAACAGGGGCACCCAGCAACCUGUUUCUGUAAAAUAACUGUUCGAAGGAGCACACAUUGCCUAGAAAUUUCUAAAGCUUGAGAAAAGCUAAAAUUUUCUGGAUAACCGUUCCAUUUGUCUUAAAUGUUGGGAGGUUUUCUAAUAGCUCAAGUACGAUUUUCGGAGGUUGUGUUAUUCACAUUUUAAUACCAAGGUAUUGCGAUUAUGGUCAAAAGAGGUCUCCUAAAAAUUUCGGUAUAAAGACAAAACGUCCCCUGUGAUUUUCUAAUGAAAGCAAGGCUAUUUCAUGUCCUCAAACUUUCUACCAGAUCCAUAAGGGUAGCUAACACUUUCGGAUGAGACGAAAAAGCUACCUAAAACUUUCGUGUCAACCAAAGUUCUCCAAAGACAUCCGAACAGAUAAACAGUUUUUAGGGUAACUCCAAAUUAACUAAACAGGCUUCUAAAGCCAGGAGAAAACCAUUUGAAACACUUCUGGCGUAUUUGGAAACAUUUGGCCGUUGGGUGCCCCUCCUAUAAAUUGUGGUUUUAAAAGUUUGAAAAGCAAGGCGAGUAUUGUUAAUGCUGUAAAGCUUUAUUCCAUCCUCGGAGACCCACGGGCGGUCAGUCGGGCCGGGAGAAAAGGCGCGACGAAAGUUAUGAAGUUUUUCUCCCGGCCCGACCAACCGUCCCUGGGUCUCCGAGGAUGGCUUUAUUCUCUCGCUUACAAAGUUCAACAGACCUUUUUCGUACCGGCAAAACAAAAACAUGAAUUAGGUGAACAACAUGAAACAGGGUGUUACGAAAACUAAGACCCUCGAAAACUAAGACCUAAGACCUAAGACCCGUCUUAGUUUUCGAGAUUACGAAAACUAAGACCCCCUAAAAUCAAAUCCGUCGAAAUAUGAAGUCAAAUUGUAAUCGAAAUAGGUCUAAUCUGUCAGAUUUUCUUCUGUCCGAUUCUUUCCACCGAGUUUUAGGUCGAAUUUAACGGUAAAUUUAGGGGUCUUAGUUUUCGUUAUUACGAAAACUAAGACCCCCUAAAAAAAACAAUCCGUAAAAUAUAUAAUAUGAAGUCGAAUUACGACCGUUCAAAGACUAUGGACAAUAUGCAUUGUGUAGGGUAAAAAAAAAUGCAUACCUCCUCCUCCCGACAGAGGGCACUUUUGCUUUAGACCCCUCCACCCCCUGGAAUUUGCCUUCCAGGGGUUUCUUGUCACAACGCCACACCCCCAGGAAUUUCUGUAAUUUUCCAACUUGGUUAGGCACCCCUUGGAAAUAUUAUUUCCGCUGUUGCACCAUACUGUUUUCCGGUUUUCCGACAGCACAACAAAUAUCACAAAAUUCUGAUGCUCUUUAGUUGGAGAGACCUGUUUCCUUUAAAAUUUUAGUUGUAUUUCAAUUGCUGUAAGAAUUAAUUUGUUCUGGUACUAAUAAAACUGUAUGCAAUACAAUCAGCUGGACACGCCACAGGCCGCCCAAGUUCAUUACAUGAACGCGGACGUGACUCUUGCUUGCGAGCGGUGUUGUGUUACAAACAGUUAUUUACAAAGGCUUGUAUGGGAUGUAAACGGUUUUUCUUAAAAGAGAGAAGAAAUGUUAUGUUUUUAAAUAAAAUCGACGUAUUUUAUUGCCUUGUUGUAAUCUUUGUUCUUUACCCGCGUCUCAGGCCGUUUUGAUGUGGCUGCAUUUUAGCUAAAUUCAUUCUUCUCUAUAUAAAAUUUGGAUCUAUAAAUCACUAUCCAUGAGAAUUUAACAUUCUGCAAAGAACGCUAACGAUCUGGGCGUGACAAAACAUUGCAGGAAAUCAUCGCAUUCACGGACAAAAGAAAAUCUUUGAGUUAAAAAGCUUUAUGUUUUACCAGAGCAAGCUGUAUUUUGGCUUGAGGUGGAAGACGUGUGUUGCCUAGCGAAAGAGCCGGGGGAAGAGGUCGAUAGGACGCCAUCUCCCACCCCAACAGAGGCUUCUGUUGUCUCGACCAAUGAUCACUGAAGCGUAAACAAAAAUUCAAAAGUUGAGUUGAAAAUAUACGACGUUGAGUUUGAAAUUUGACGCGGUGACUGGCGAAAUGCGGCGAGUGAGUAUCGAAUGCAAAAUUGGCAUCUCAGUCAAAUGUAGAGUACUGGUUCAGGCAUCAAAACUAAUAAAAAGUAGCAAUGUAUAAAAAUUUGUUUGUCGAGUUGAAAAUGUACAGCGACAAAGGUCAAAUAAAAUAGUUGAGUUCAAAAGCUAAAAGACAAAUAGUGUAAAAACGUUUUCCGAUGAAGUGAAUUCUAAAGGAGGAGUAUAAAAUAUUGAAUUCAGCUGUAAAAUGAAGUUGAAAAUUUAAAUGAGCAAUUUAAAAUAAAAACCAUGAAUUUUGGCGGGGAUCGUACGCCAUAGUUUUAUUCCAUCUUUAUUUUCUUGUAGGUUCUGGCUCUGGGUAUAGAUACGACUCAAACGCCUUUUUAUUCUCACUUGUAAACAAGCCAGGAUGGGCACCCGUCAAGCUGCCUCAGACAGGGAAAUAUAGCUCCAGCAGGCAACAUUCCAUAUACGAUAACCUAUUAUCUGGGCCUGAAUUCGGAGGAGGACGUGACAUUUACAUAAAUAACCACCAGCCCUACAAUGAUCGCAGGUCAUAUAGCAACCUUGGCUAUACUUACAGCCCACCGAGCGGGCACAACUUCGAAAGCACCUUCGCCCAAACAUUUCUGGCAGGAUCAUACAAGUUUUCAUCAAACGAAAUGGAAACGUUUUACGAAACAACUUAA